AGAGAGUUGAGGACGAUGGCGAAGAAGAGGAGGAUGGGGAAGUUAAUUUCUCGACGUUUUUGGUGAAAGAGAGUGAUUUUGAUUCUGGGACAGUUGUGACGAGAUCGAUAAAAAGUGGUAGCCGGGGAACCAGUGGAUCGCCUACCAUGAGUAGAGCUGUGGCAAGCAUGCAGGCCGUGGGGGAGAUCGGGCAUGCAAGACAGAUGAAAAGCGGGAGUGGGUGGGCGCCUGAGGAGGAUUUAAGGGCUCAGGGGAGCAAGGUCUCUUCGAGCUCGAUUCCUGAGAGUAUUACCAAGGAAGACCCGUCUACCAAGUAUGAAUUGCUCCAUGAGCUUGGGAAAGGAUCAUAUGGUGCAGUGUACAAAGCACGAGACCUGAGAACAUCAGAAAUGGUUGCAAUUAAAGUGAUAUCAUUGAGUGAAGGGGAGGAAGGCUAUGAAGAAAUUCGGGGCGAAAUAGAAAUGUUGCAGCAGUGCAGUCAUCCAAAUGUUGUUCGAUACCUUGGGAGCUACCAAGGAGAAGAGUACCUUUGGAUUGUGAUGGAGUACUGUGGGGGUGGAAGUGUUGCAGAUUUAAUGAAUGUUACCGAUGAGCCACUUGAUGAAUACCAAAUAGCAUACAUUUGCAGAGAGGCAUUGAAGGGCUUGACCUACUUGCAUUCAAUAUUUAAAGUGCACAGAGACAUUAAAGGCGGCAAUAUUUUGCUGAGUGAUCAAGGAGAGGUUAAAUUAGGCGAUUUUGGUGUUGCUGCACAGCUGACAAGAACAAUGUCUAAACGUAACACGUUUAUCGGCACUCCACAUUGGAUGGCUCCUGAAGUUAUUCAAGAAAGUCGUUAUGAUGGAAAGGUUGAUGUGUGGGCUCUCGGCGUAUCUGCAAUUGAAAUGGCAGAGGGUCUACCUCCAAGAGCAACAGUCCAUCCUAUGAGGGUACUAUUUAUGAUAUCAAUUGAGCCUGCCCCAAUGCUUGAGGAUAAAGAGAAAUGGUCUCUUGUGUUUCAUGACUUUAUUGCAAAAUGCCUUACGAAGGACCCUCGUCUUCGUCCAACUGCAGCAGAGAUGCUUAAGCAUAAAUUUAUUGAGAAAUGCAAAAGUAGAGCAUCUGUUAUGGUUCACAAGAUUGAAAAGGCCAAGAAAAUUAGGUCGUCAAUGGCUUUGGAAGCACAAAUUAUUGUUCAAGACCCGCCAUUACCCGGCUCAGAUCUAGCUGGAGGCCUAAAAAUGAAUGAAGAGUUUGGGGAUACUGUUCCCUCUAAGGUAAAUGUUGCCAAUGGUGUGUUACCUGCAUCUGGUUCUCAAAGCCUGGUGGAACCUACUGGAGAAGGUGACUAUGGGACCAUGAUCGUUCGAGAUGGAGUUGGCAUAGAUAAGACUGUUACUCAAACUGCAUUUGCAAAUUCUGAGCCAUCCUCUACUCUCAGGAAUACUAGAAGUGCUCGUACUUCUGGUGACAAAGAAAGUGAACCUUGGGUACAAAAUGAGGUUAAUGUUAGCUCCCCUGUAGUGGCUCCUCAGCCUCCUGGACAUGUACAAACAACCCCCUCCCCUGCAACAUCCCCUAGUUAUGAUCAGAAGGGAUACAUUUCUCAAAGCGGAGCCCCGUUGAAGAAUGAAACUGUUAAUAGAAAAGCUUUGGAUAAGCUUUGGUCAAUAUACUCAGCUGGUAACACAGUUCCGAUUCCCUUCCUGAGGGCAACUGAUAUAUCACCCAUCGCACUUUUAUCUGAAAACGUGCUUGGGGGCUGGCAACGAGAUGAUAGUGGGCAUAUAGCUGUGGAUGCAGUUCAGGAGCUCUUAACUGGAGAUGCUCAAUUAAAGAAAGGCCGAAGUAGACAAAAUGAGGUUCCACUUCCUCCGAGUUUGUACAGAAGAUUAACAUCAAGUCCCACGCUAAUGAAUCUCACGCAGGCCCUGGCUUAUCACAGGAUGUGUUAUGAAGAGAUGCCUCUCCAAGAUAUGCAAGCUACCCAAGAACAGCAGACUAUUCAGAACCUUAGUGAGACACUAAGAACUAUUUUGCGGUUGUAAUCUGAGUGUUGUAUGUUCAUUUCUAAUUUAAGAGAAAGUGUGACAGUGUUGUAUUAUAAAAGUAGAGUUUGUUCAUACUCAUGAGUCAUGCCUCCUGCUAUAUAUUAUUGUUUACUUUUGCUGCUGUUCUAAUCUGACUAAAACAAAAUAACGAGAAACAAUAGAAAGAUUAAAGAAAAAGAAAGAUACACAUGUUACUCGUAGAGAGUUUCAUUUUUCAAGGGGACAAAUUAU